ACUUUGUAGCGUAACCAAAACAGGCGCCCGGCGAGCUGUCAAUCAUUCCGGCAACAUGACGGAGUCGGCAUUCAUUUAAACGUCUUUUAGUGGAACUUGUAAAAACCGUCGCUUUUUACUGAACGUGUCUUCAUUUUUACGACACUCCUAUGACGCCAAAUACUGUAAAUGUGCGGUCAUUUUAGCCUUCUAUAUCUGGAAGUGUCAAGUAGCUCAGCUAGCUCAUUUAGUUAAAUGUGCGUUUUUGGUUUUUGCUUUGUUUCGUCCUCAAACGCAAAUGGCUCACUUCGACAAGUCAAACAACAGUAAAGGGACGACACAAAGUAGACCGAAGUUGGACUGGAGGUUCGUGAAAAGGUUCUGCGGCAUCCAGAAGGUUCUCUUCCCGUCAUGGAGCAGCAAAAGCGUGCUCAUGUUUGUCACGCUACUGGCAGUCACCUUAACAGGUAUGCCGAAGUUCAGCUCAGGGAAAAACAAAACAACAAAAGAUUGCAGCAGCAGCUGAUCAUUUACCAGGUUGGCGUCCUCCCCAGUCGCUUCUACAAGGUGCUGGCCGACAAGGACGACAAGGCCUUCAGGAACCUGCUGCUCACCGCCCUGGUGCUCAUCGUCGUCAACUCCACUUUGAAAAGCCUGGACCAGUACAUCGCCAACCUGAUGUAUGUGGACUGGAGGAAGACGCUAACGGAGAGUCUGCACACGGCCUACUUCCAGGGACGAGUCUACUACACCCUCAACGUGCUCCGAGAGGACCUGGACAACCCCGAUCAGCGCAUCAGUCAGGACGCCGAGAGGCUGUGCAAGCAGAUGAGCUCCAUGGCGAGUCGGAUCAUCGUGUCGCCCUUCACGCUGGCUUACUACACCUACCACUGCUUCUACAGCACAGGCUGGUUGGGCCCGCUGAGCAUCUUCGCUUACUUUGUGGUGGGGACGGGGGCCAACAAAGUCCUGAUGGGGCCCAUCGUGUCCACGCUCUUCGAGCAAGAGAAACUGGAGGGCGACUUCAGAUUCAAGCACAUGCAGAUCCGAGUCAACGCCGAGUCGGCGGCUUUUUACAGGGCCGGCAAAGUGGAGCACGCGAGGACUGACGGGCGGCUGCAGACUUUGCUGCAAACUCAGCAAAGUCUGAUCAACAAAGGCUUGUGGCUCUACAUUGGCGUCAACACCUUCGACUACCUGGGCAGCUUCCUCAGCUACGUCAUCAUCGCUAUUCCCAUUUUCGCCGGCCUCUACGCCGGCCUGACGCCCGGCGAGCUCAGCGCGCUCAUCAGCAGGAACGCCUUCGUGUGCAUCUACCUGAUCAAUGGCUUCACGCAGCUGAUCGACCUUUCCACCACGCUGUCGGACGUGGCCGGCUACACCCACAGGAUCGGCGAGCUGAGUGAAGUGAUGGACGACGUCCUGCGCCAGCAGUGCGACUACGACCCGGCUUCGGGGGAAAGCUACGACUUUGACAGCGACUCCACCGUGCACGGCGGCCCCCUGGACACGGCCUUCGUGGUGGACCGGCUGUCCUACAAGUGUCCCUCCUCGGAGCGGCAGCUGGUGGAGGACUUGAGCCUGACCAUAAGCGAGGGCACCAACCUGCUGGUGGUGGGCAACACGGGCACGGGCAAGACGUCGCUCUUGAGGGUCCUCAACAGACUGUGGGAGGCGGAGAGCGGUUUUGUCCAAAUGACAACGUGCUUCGGGCCCCGAGGGACCCUCUUCCUGCCCCAAAAACCGUACCUGACGGACGGCACGCUGCGCGAACAGGUCAUCUACCCGCUCAAGGACGUUUACCCGGAAUCAGGGUCCGUAGAUGACGACCGGAUUAUGAAGUUUCUGGAGCUGGCGGGUGUGUCGGGUCUGGUGAGGCGGACCGGCGGGCUGGAUCAAGUGGUGGACUGGAACUGGUACGACGUUCUGUCUCCGGGCGAGAUGCAGCGUCUUUGUUUCGCCCGACUCUUCUACCUGCAGCCCAAAUACGCAGUGUUGGACGAGGCCACCAGCGCCCUGACGGAGGAGGCGGAGUCGCAGUUGUAUCGCACGUGCAAGCAGUUGGGGAUGACCGUGCUCACCGUGGGGCACCGCAGGAGCUUGGAAAAGCACCACGACAUGCAGCUGAAACUGUGCGGCGACGGCCGUUGGGAGUUGAGCCGAAUCAAAGGCCGCGGCGGGAGCGGCAGAGACGACGCCGUCAUGUGACCGCAACACUCCCUGGUUCCGCGGCGCCGUCACACUUCCUGUCCGGCGUUGUGGUUCCGACAUUCAGCAAACACUUGAAGAAAGUGACCCCAGUUGAGGUUCCUUCGUUGGAGGAUUGCGCGAGCCGGUUGGUGCAAGUGUUUUCAUUUUCGUCAUUCAACUUUGACCUCGGUUGGUCCAUUCUUAUUCGUUUUUUAAAAAUGAGCUCCAGUCAAACACAAAUCAUCAAUAAAAAUUGCCUCCAGUCGC